AAGAGUCCCCCAUUUUUUGUUCUGAAGCAGAUUCCUGGAAGCAGCAGCAUGGCAAGGUACCAGCGAUCAUGGUCGGACAUACCACCAGAGCUUGCUGGCCUGGUCCUCCUCCGCCUCCCUGCCCACUCUGACCGCAUCCGUUUCGCAGCUGUAUGCCGCCAUUGGUGCGCCUCCGCAAGGCAGCAUCAGCUGCCUCCGCCAUUGCCGUGGUUCAUACUCCCCGGUGGAACCUUCUUCACCUUACCCCACAGUGAAUCCUUCCAGAUCCCCAACGGUGCCGAAUUCCACAGUUCCUGCGGUGAGUGGCUUGUCUUUGCAUGUGACGACAUCUGCUACCUCGUAGACACCUUCUCUGAGGCCACCUUGAAGCUCCCUGACCUAGACAUGUACGACCCCAUCGAGGAGCCUGACGAAGUUAUCAACGGUCACAGCAUACGCUACAUUUGUCUGGACCUGAAUGCAACCAUGUCAAUAUACAAGGUAAUCAUGUGCUCAGAGCUCCUUGUUGCCGCCAUCGUUGACGUUGGGGACCUCCGCACCCUUGCGGUGUGCCGACCGGGAGGUGACCUAUGGUUUGUAAGUGCGCUUGGCUACGACAGGUCCCUUGACAUAAUUCUCCACGGAGGCAAGUUGCUCAUUGUUGAUGGAUGGAGGAACCUUUACGUUAUCGAUGUCGAGGAGGACAGUGACAAUGGCAGCCUACUCAUUUCCCGGAUCGAGCGCAUCAUCGAGGGUCCUCCCUGGCCCUUCAGGCGGUUCCCGGGUUUCCUCCUCGUAUUUGACACAUACCUGGCUGAAUCCCGCGGCGCUCUGCUGCUGGUCCGCGGGACCAUCUAUGGCAACACACCUGCCGGCAGCCACACCAGGUUCGAGAUCAGAGCAGUACGGUUUGAAUUCGAGGUGUGUGAGGCAGACUUUCAGUCGUCUCAGUGGGUUGAGAAGAGGAGCGUGGGGGACGACCAGGUGCUGUUUCUUGGGCCAAGAUGCUCCAAGUCUGUCUGUGCGUCCCAGUACAAUCUGAAGGGGAACUGCAUCUUCUUCCUGGAUGACGACCGUUGCCAGUGGUACUGGAAGCAUGCGCCGAGCGCGCCGAGCUCGUACGCGAUAUUCGACAUGAGUGAUGAGUCGGUCCGCUCGCCGCUUCCUAGAGGAUCGUGCAAGGGCGAGGAGGCGCCGGCGACAUGGCAUUUUCCUAGGUGCUGAUAUUAGUCUGUUCCUGACAUAUGCACAUCAGCGCUGAAUACAAGCAACACUGUGGCUGAUGAUCACUGAAUCGCUUCGUUGUCAAUCAGAUAUGUUCUGUGUUCCAAAAUGUCAUUUUGAUUCAGAAUGCUGUAGUCUGUAAGUUUGUGACAGCGUUUUCCAAAAAUUCUUCGUUCUUCCUGAGUAAAAACCCUGUAAUUUCUCUUAAGCUGUUCAGCUGCGACAGAGAGAUUCCAUCAGUGCAGUGAGUGGCGUUGAAGAUUUCGAUGAUCUAGAAUACUGUAAGCAUCAUGGCAAAAAUGUCGCCUUUCGAUUCGAAAGACUCAUCUCACACAGUUUGCUUCAUUUAGAAUACAUGUCUCCAAAUAUUAAUUUAGAAGUUCUCAAAAAAAUCUGAAAAUUUGAAUAUUCACAAGAUACAUGUGUUACAAUCCCUUUGCUUUUUUUGUUUCACGAUGUGUAGUUUUAAUUUAGAUUUGAAAUUUAGGGAUUGUAGACACAUGUUGGAAUUUUUUUAAAACUUGCAGAUUUGAAUUUGCGAUGCGGUAUCACGGUGUCAUGCAAAGUUUGAUAUCAGACGCUGAUCAUACAGGGACACUAUACCACCCAGAUGCUCAAUAAUGCAGAUCAACGAUGGCCUUGAAGAAGAAACAACUGAAUAAAUCAGCAUCAAGAUGCAAGAACUGAUACAACAACAUAAUGCAGUGCCACUGCGGUCUGCAAGCCUACGCGUAUUUACAACCGCCUAUACGAGGGCUAUACUAAGUUACCUAAAACUAGUGGCAAAAAAAAAAUAGAAUUCUUGAGCUGCUCCAGC